GUUGCAAAAUAGGAUCAAAAGUGGGAAAUCAUAGGAUGAAUUAGUUUUGAUUCAAACAAUCUUGUUUUUAUAGACUUUUCCAAGUUCGAAAUGUGGGUAUAGGUUGGAAUUUAUUUUUAUUUUUGUGUAAUGUAAGUGUUAAAUUUUGUACGGCUAAGACAGUAAGGCCAGCUUUUUCUUUUUUCUGCCGUCGUUUUCUCUUACCACCGGUUUGUUUACUUCAUUGGCAGUAUAUUAUUUACACAGCCCCUAUCUGUUCUCUUCCUCUUCUUCCUCUUUCGUCUACUUUUAUUUCAGGUCAUAGUACUGUUGUUUUAUUUAUUUCUCCGGAUUCUGUGCUGAUUUGUUGGUGCUGAAUGAAGGAAUACAGACUCGAGAAGAGGCUAAUAGCCCUGCUGUUUCUUCUGACUCUAAGCCAUGCCAUUGAACAUGAUGGGAAUUGCAACUACAAGAAGCGUUUGGAACCAAGACCUCAUAGUGUCUCCAUUUUGGAUUUUGGGGCAGUUGGGGAUGGGAAAAAAUUAAAUACAGUUGCCUUUCAGAAUGCCAUAUUCUAUCUCAGGUCAUUUGCCGAUAAGGGUGGUGCUCAGCUUUACAUUCCUCCGGGCAGAUGGCUCACCGGAAGCUUCAACCUUACCAGCCACCUCACUCUCUUCCUUGAAAAGGGUGCUGUUAUUCUUGGAUCCCAGGAUUACAGUAAUUGGAGAGUAGUUGAACCCCUGCCAUCUUAUGGUCGAGGGAUUGACUUGCCUGGUAGGAGAUACUGUGGCUUGAUAAAUGGGCAAAGUCUAACUGAUGUGGUGAUUACAGGUGAUAAUGGAACUAUCGACGGCCAGGGUUCUGUCUGGUGGGAGCUGUUCAAUUCACAUUCAUUGAAUUUCAGUAGACCUCAUUUAGUGGAAUUGAUUGACUCUAAUGAUAUUGUCGUUUCAAACUUAACCUUCUUGAAUUCACCUGCCUGGAACAUUCAUCCCGUGUAUUGCAGCGAUGUCUUAAUUCAGAACAUAACAGCUCAUGCGCCACCUGAAUCGCCGUACACCAGUGGGAUUGUCCCAGAUUCUUCGCAGUCUGUUUGCAUUGAGAACAGCAACAUUAGCAUGGGUCAUGAUGCAGUUGUGCUCAAGAGCGGUUGGGAUGAGUAUGGCAUUGCCUAUGACAAACCCACUACUGAUGUCCACGUUCAGCGGGUACGCCUUCAGUCCUAUUCAGGCUCUGGCCUGGCAUUAGGCAGUGAGAUGUCCGGAGGCAUUUCCAACAUACUUGUGGAGCACCUUCACCUAUACGAUUCCCUAACUGGAAUUGAGCUCAAAACAACUAGAGGCAGAGGUGGAUACAUAAAGGACAUUCUCAUAUCAGAUGUCGAAAUGGAAAACGUUGAACUGGGAAUUCAGGUAACGGGUCAUCGUGGUUCCCAUCCUGAUGACAAGUUUGAUCCAAAUGCAAUACCAGUUGUUAGUGGCAUUACCUUUGAGAAUAUGGUGGGAUCAAAUAGUUCUUUUGCUGGGAAUUUUACUGGUCUUUAUGAUUCCCCUUUCACUUCCAUUCGUCUCUCAAAUAUCACCUUCUCCAUCAUCAGCAAAUUUUCUGCCUCCUGGUUUUGUUCCAACGUCGUCGGUUUCUCUCAGAAUGUGUCACCUGAACCAUGCCCCAACCUCCAGGGCUCAUUUUUCAAUUUUUCCCCAGCUUCUUCUCAUUCACAAACCUAGACAGUCUGUCUGCAUCUUUUUGAAUUCAGCUUUCAGCAAUCACCCAUUAUUUGUUUCCAUACCUGCAAAUAGCUGCUUCUACUCUCAGCAUAAAAUUUUGCAACAUAUGUAGAUUUGGACUUUUUCAUGUCAUUCUUUCAAGUUUCAAACACUCCAUCUCAGAGUGCUUUAGCAUGUGAAUCAUACCACUUCUCAAUCUUGUAAAUCCUCAUUUAUUUGUUCACAAUUUAUGAAAAUUUUGAAAUGAUUUGGUUGGAACAA